AUGUCAAGCUCGUACCUUCAAUUACUCACCGCCAUGUACGAAUGGCACAAGGAAUGUCCCCACGACAUCAAGAAGGACCUCGAGGCCUUCUUCAACUCCAAGGACUUUCUCGACCGCCCCAACGUAUUUUUCAAAGGAAUUGAGGACUCGAGCAAGAAGUGGGUAGCGCUGAUCGCGUUUUCAGGACUGGAGGAUACACACAAAAUGGUUUCGGAAAAGCUGCAGUUUGCAUUCACGCCCCUCUACGCAGCCAGGAACACAACCUUCUCACAAGUCAGCCCAGCACCGCGUCUGCCCUUGCCUGCAGCCUACAACAAGUUCAUCAAAGAUAUCACCAAGGCCAACAAGAUAGCCAAAUCUAAGGAACGUCUCCUUCAAUGGAAGGUGACCCUCGACCGUGCUACGGAUAUGGUCCUUCAAGCCCCCGGUGUCGCUGCAACAACUACUCCUUCUGCCGUCAUUGAUCUCACAGGGGAUAAUACCAAUGACGCCGAGUCAGUGGGCGCCAUCACCCCAACCACAGGAUUGUCGACUGCCACUCUGUCACCACAGGAUGGAGGGAUGUGGUUCAUUUCUGUCGAUAUUGAGUCGCACGAGUACAACCACGACCGGAUCUUGGAGAUUGGCUGGUCGAUCUGGGACUCGGGCGUGCACAAGUUCAUGGACAAGCACUAUGCAAUCUCGGACUACCGUCACCUCAAGAACGGAAAAUUUGUGGCAGAUAAGCGGGACAGGUUCAUGUUUGGCGAGACGGUAUGGGAGAACUUGCAGGGAUCAAUUGCGGCGUUUCAGCAGGAUCUGGAGAAGGCUGUGAGGCGGAAUGAGCAUGGCCGGUUUGUCUUGAUUGCCCAUGACAUGACGAGUGAUAUGAAGUAUCUCUCGGGCAUGGGUGUUACAUUCCCUGAAGGCAUCAUCCAGUUUGAUACUGUUGAGAUGAAUGCUGCUCGGGUGGGCGAUAGUAAUAUCAAGACGGGGCUUGGCAAGCUGUUGGAUGAGCUUGACAUUGAGAACUAUUGCCUCCACAACGCUGGAAACGACGCCCACUACACCUUAGAACUCUUCCUUUGGCUUGCACGCAACAAUGGCGCACAGCGGGCACAGGCAGCAUAG